GAAUCGUGUCAGGCAAAUGAAUUUCCUGGUCAUUUACACGGCUAUUGCUUGGUCUUCCUUGGCUAUUGUGAUCAUGAUACCGCUCCCGAUUCUGCCCUACAUAGCAUAUACAGCGAUAUCACUCCAGCCCUUGGUCUGGAUGACGUGGAUAUUUUGAACUUCUAUCGUGGCCGCAAAACCGGGUACGCAAUGGCUGCAAAAGAACGAAAGUCACCAUGUGCACCGCGGAAGGAAAAAUUGCAAUACUUUGGAGAAACAGAGGGUGAGUACACAUUGAGCGAGGCAAAAACCAGUUUGGAUCAGAUCAACGAACAGCAACAGAACUACAUGAAUGAAGACAGUACGACUAAUAGAAUACACAAACGGGGAAAAGGAAAAAAACGAACCGGGAGUGACUGA